AUGUUGUGGCCGAUUAUUUAUUUAUUAGCACUAGUUUUUGCGUAUUGGCCAUACUGGAGAUGGAAGAAUCGAAGGCUGCUCCGAUUGAGUGCUUCGAUGCCAGGACCAAGAGCCCUGCCGAUUAUUGGAAAUGGAUUAUUGGUUGUCGUUAACACAGGAGAGAAAUUUCUAGAACUGGUCGAACAGCUAUUCAGGACCUACGGGGAUUAUUGCAAGAUCUGGUUGGGACCUGAACUAAACAUUUGUGUCAAAAAUCCUGAUGACAUACGGCUCCUAUUAACUAGUAAUAAAGUGAAUCAGAAAGGUCCAGCCUAUGAGAUCAUGAAGGCUGCGAUUGGGCCGGGAAUACUUACUGGAGGUCCAACAUGGAGAAAUCAUCGUAAAAUUGUCACACCGUCAUACAAUAAGCGGGCCGUGAAACUGUAUUCAGCUGUUUUUAACAGAGAAGCGGAAGUCUUGGCUAAUUUGCUUCUAAAAAAGCAAAGCGGCGUCACAUUUAACGUUUAUUAUGAUGUUGUUGAAAUCACAACGCAAUGCGUUUGUCAAACAUUGAUUGGCCUGUCCAAGGAUGAUUCACGAAACGUGGACGGAAUGAGUGACCUUAUAUUGGAAACGCAGAAUCUCUACGAAUUAUUAUUCACGAAGAUGACUGUGUGGUGGCUACAAAUUCCCUUCGUCUACUGGAUAACGGGAAGAAAAGCGACAGAGAAUGCUUACGUUAAGAAAAUAGACAGAUUAACUUCGGAUUUCUUGAAGAAGAGACGUACAGCUUUGAAGGAAGGUAAUGUUGAUGAAGAGUCAAUGGGUAUAGUCGAUAGAUACAUUGCAUCCGGUGAGCUGACAGAACAAGAAAUCAAAUGGGAGACGAUGACUUUGUUUACAACGAGUCAAGAAGCUUCUGCAAAAAUAACAUCAGCUGUAUUGUUAUUUUUGGCGCACCUUCCUGACUGGCAGGAGAAAGUUUACAAAGAAAUUGUCGAGGUAAUCGGUUCAGGACGAAAUGAUGUUACAACGGAGCAUUUAAAGCAUCUACAUUAUUUAGAUAUGGUGUAUCAAGAGGCACUGAGGUAUCUGUCAAUAGCGGCUCUAAUACAAAGAACUGUGGAGGAAGAAAUUACAAUUAACAAUGGAAAAUUCACGCUUCCAAUCGGCACGACAUUAGUGAUACCUAUACACGACCUGCACAGAGACCCGAGGUAUUGGGACGAGCCUUUGAAAGUAAAGCCAGAGAGAUUCCUCCCUGAAAAUGUUAAGAAGAGAAGCCCUAAUGUUUUUAUUCCGUUCAGUUUGGGGGCGAUGGACUGCUUAGGUCGAGUGUACGCAGAGCCGUUGAUCAAAACGCUGGUAGUGUGGGCAGUGCGCGAAGUUCAGCUAGAAGCGGAGGGUUGCAUCGAAGACCUGAAACUACACGUCGCUAUAUCAGUGAAGUUCGCCAACGGAUACAACUUAAAAGUCAAGCCAAGAAUGAUCUCGUACAUCAUCCUCAUUAUUAUCGGGUUUGCCUUGAUGUGGUCGGGAUGGAAGCAAAAAAACAAAAAGUUUAUGGAAAUGGCUAAUCAAUUUCCUGGACCGCAAGCUCUCCCAUUUAUUGGAAAUGCUUUGCGCUUCAUGUGUCAACCUGAAGAAUUAAUUUCGGUAAUCAAAGAGCUGCUUCAAGUCUACGGGGAAGCAUCCAGAUUCUGGCUGGGACCCAAUUUAAACGUCGUAAUUAACAACCCUGAUGAUUUGAAGAUUUUACUGUCAAGCUCCAAAACGAGUAUCAAGGGUCCUCAAUACAAAUAUAUGGCUGAUAUACUCGGGAGUGGAAUUCUAAGCGGUUCCGGUGUGACUUGGCGGAAACAUAGAAAAAUAGCAACACCAAAUUACGGGAAAAAAGUUAUAGAUAACUACGAAAAAAUCUUUAAUACUGAAGUGCAUCUCCUAUUGAAGAAAUUGCGGAAUAUUCCAAGCGAACAAGAGUUUGAUAUUUAUAGGAAAAUCGUACAGACGACGAGCUAUUGUGUUUGCCAAACCUUGUUAAACUUGAGUAAGGAACAAGUUACUGAAAUACCUCAUCUCCAAGAAAUCAUUGAUUGCACACCAAGAAACUACGAUAUAGUUUUCGACAGAAUGAUAAAAUGGUACCUACAAAUCGACCCCGUGUUUUGGAUGACUAAAUCUUAUCAAGAUCAAAAGCAUUUCGUCGCGCUCAUAACGGAAUUCAGUAAAGCGAUCAUUGAAAAUAGAAAAAGGAAAAUCAAUAAAAUAUACCUUAAUAACGAAGAAUCAAUAAACAGACAGUUGGGUGUGAUAGAUAGAUUCAUAUUGUCUGAAGAGUUAACACAAGAGGAACUGAUCAAGGAAACUUUUACGAUAUUUACUUCUAGUCAAGAAGCAACAGCAAAGAUUUCUUCUUUCGUUUUGUUGAUGAUGGCUUAUCAUCCUAAAUCUCAGGAAAAGCUCUACGAAGAAAUUACUAAAAUAAUCGGUGAUAAAGACAGAUGUGUUACGAACGAAGAUUUCAAACAAAUGCCCUACUUUGAUAUGGUCUUCAAGGAAGUUUUACGUCUUUUUCCAAUUGGUAGCAUACUGCAAAGGACUAUUAAUGAAAAUAUUCGGAUAAGUUCUGGGACACUACCAGCAGGGUGUUCCUUGGUAGCACCGAUAUAUCAUUUGCAUCGCGACUCUCGUUUCUGGACUAGGCCCGACGAUUUCGAUCCCGAGAGAUUCAAUCCAGUUAAUACGAAGUUGAGACAACCGAACUGCUAUAUUCCUUUUAGUUUAGGACCCAUGGACUGUUUGGGAAGAUACUUCGGUACUAGGUUAGUAAAAAUGAUUUGCGUUCGAGUACUAAGAGAGUUCGAAGUGACAACAUCCAGAACAUACAAGGAUCUCAAACUAUCGAUAGCUAUAUCUGUGUCUCCAUUGGAUGGGUUCCCAGUUAAAUUGCAUCCCAGGAAAAUUAAAGAGAAACAGUAAUCUGGUAAAAUGGUAUAAUUACUAAAAAUUGUAAUCAAUUUUUAAGAAAUGGGAUUUCAGAAUAAAAUAUUAAAAUUUAACAGUAUUUCUUUAA